UACAGCUGCUGACAGCGAUGAUAUCUCCACAGCUAUACAGUUCAUCAAUAAGGCAAGGCCAUGGAUUACACUGAUGGCCAUUGGCUGGGAAUAUAUUGCAAACAUGUUGACAAAGUACUUGGCAGAAGCUGGAGAGAAUACACCACUUACAGGUGCCACGUGCAUAGACAAUCCAUUUGACUUAGAGGAGGCUACAAGGUCCUCUCCUUAUCACAUGGCCAUUGAUCAGAAGUUCACUGGUGGACUGAUAGAUAUUCUAAGAUCUAAUAAGGAACUAUUUCAAGGCAAAGCAAAAGGGUUUGACGUGGAGAAGGCUUUAUUGGCAAAGUCUGUUCGUGAUUUUGAAAAAGCAAUAUCUAUGGUAUCUUAGCACAAGAGAUGUGGUUGGGAAUGUGA